AUGCCUUCCCCACCACCAGCAUCAGGCUCAGGAGCUCCAACACGCCCGGCAAACUGGCAACCAGGCCACGACGCAUUCGUCCGCCGCCUGGCCCGCAACGGCGAAGACGCAACCAGCGUUCUCAUCCUCUUCGAGGCCGAAUUUCCCGCGGUCAAGGUCUUUCGUGCCUGGAUCGAGGCGAGGAUGAAACUUAGUUAG